UAGUCUAAUGUGCAAUACCAACCGUUUACAAUCUAAGUACGAAUAUCAUUAUAUCACAUCAUUUUUUAUUUUUACAUUGUAUACAUUCAACACUGUCUUCUUUCCAUGCAAUAAUCUUUUCGACUAUUUCCGUUUUUAAUUCACUUUAAAUGUUUCUUUAAAUGUCAGAGUGCCUAUAAUAAUGUAUGCUGAAUUGCCGCUUGUAGAGAAAAUAGUUUUGUGUUGAUCACAAACGUGCACGAUCUAAAAACGCAAUUUGAUUAGAUGUUGAGUGUUUACAACUCGAUAUGAACUAAAGUUUUCCUUCAAACGACAACGCAAUGAGGGGGUUAUUCGUGCAGUGCUCAUAAUAACAUAUCAAGGCGUCUUGUUCACAAUUGUCAACCAACCUAAAAUAAACAGUAACGUGGUUUCACGUGUUCAUAUAUAGCCGAUAUGCAAAGUAGUUUAUUCUGCAACGUGGCAUAAAACACAUAAAGGACUGUCCCUGAUUGACGGUAUCUGUGUUAAUAUUCAACAAUAUAAUGUUUGCUUUUUAUCUUUUGCCAAAAGAAUGUGUUCAUUAGUUCCCCCUCCACAUUAGUGGCUGUUCCUUUGUUUUACGGUGUGAAGUGUGAAAAAAAGCGGCCCUGUUUUGAAUGUUCUUGUAUUCUAUUAACUGCACAAAUUGUAGCACUUAUCGCCUAUCACAACAUGCAAAAGACACUGUGAUCGAAUUAUUUCCCUAUCUUCGCAGAGAUUGCACUCUCAGCAUGUCACUUGUUGUAUUGUCUAGGAGCCCGUUGGUUUUUGCCGCAAUGGUCGUUAACCUCCGAAUGACCCCAUGUGGUGCCCACGCCUCAAAAACCGCCGCAGACAGGCAGUGGCACAGUUGAGCCAGAGGAUGGCGCACCACGACAAUCCAAAAAGCCCCGAACCGUGGUCGGGAGUUUUCCCCUGCCACGAGCGCAUAAAGGCGCGCCCCCUUCCCAGCCCAACCAGUAUUUCCUUCGUGCACGAGUCUACCUCUAGAGGUCACCAAGCAGGAUUUACGACUGGUCAACAAAAGCACGUGAUACUCCGCCGUACCCCAUAUUUGGGUGCCUACGUAAGAGAGAAUCAAGUCCAUGUCCCACUCAUUUCCAUAAUUCAUCAUAAAUUGUGCAAGGGUGCUAUAGGACGCGCUAAACCAUAAGAGCCACAAAUCAAGCAUACAGGUUUGCUAUUUUAUCUCUAAAACAAUAAAAAACAACAACAAAUACCUACAACGAGCAAACGGUGGAAUUGUCAACAAAUGAGCUCCUAUUUUGUGAACUCAUUCUGCGGUCGCUAUCCCAAUGGCGCGGACUUCCAGUUACAUAAUUAUGGGGACCAUAAUACGGAAAACGAGCAAUACAGAGACUCAACCGCCGUGCAUUCCAGCAGGUACGGCUAUGGCUACAACGGGAUGGACCUAACGGUCGGGCGGACCGGUACCGGACACUUUGUGGGCAGCGAGCGGACACAGGGCUACUCUCCGAGUCACUCGGCGGCGGCGACAGCCUCGGUGGAGCCGGUCAGGUACACUCAGUCUGCGAACAGCACCGGGACGUCGUCUCUUUCACCAGCACCUGAGCCACUGCCGUGCGCCGCCGUGGCCACCGCGUCCCCGGUCACCGACACUCAAUCUCACCACCGGGCUGCGAAAAACUCUCUCACGGCCCCUUGCUCGAACUCCAACGGAGGAAGUCUGCUGCUCGGCCGGGAGUGCGUGUCCAAAGCGUCGCCCCUCGAGGAAGAGAAGGCUGCGGGAAGCGCACCAACAACUCCUCAAAAUGUCACCGACUCGACGCAGCCUCAGAUAUAUCCCUGGAUGAGAAAACUUCAUAUAAACCACGAUUUGUCAGGACCAGAGGGUAAGAGAGCCAGGACUGCUUACACCCGCUACCAGACCCUGGAGCUGGAGAAGGAGUUCCACUUCAACCGGUACCUGACCCGCAGGAGGAGGAUCGAGAUCGCCCAUGCCCUCUGCCUCUCGGAGAGACAGAUCAAAAUCUGGUUUCAGAACCGCAGGAUGAAGUGGAAGAAAGACAACAAGCUGAAGAGCAUGAACAUGGCGGCUGCAGGCGGGGGAGGCUACAGGCCUUGAUUUCCCCUUCUCUACCCCCUGAUAGCGAGCACUAUGAAAAUAAAACAAAGAUUGUCACAUCAACAUACUCCUACUGUUUCAAAAAGUGCAGAGACUUGUGAGCGGGCUUUGUGCGGGACAGGGGACGGCCCACUUUAGUCCAUUCUUUGUUCCACAACCGUCCCAUUAUAUUCCUUAAUAUUAUUUACUUUUUAUUUACACCAUUGUAAUGCUUAUGUGAUAAAAAAAAUUGAAUGAAUUAUGUACAGUUCUGUCUAGAUUUAGUAGAAAAAGCAACGAAAUAAAUGUUUGUUUAAAUUAUUUCUUGUUCAGACGAAAAAAAAAAUUAAAAAAAACGUCAAAGCUUGAAAUGCUACCUAUACCGCAAAUAAAUAAAAGUUGUGUAAUGCACUCAGAACAAUACCAGCCUAAUAAAUAGAGGGUUGAGGUGGAGCUGUCUUUGUGUUUAGCCUUCGUUUUCUAUGUAUGUACUGUAUGUAUUUAUUUGUUUGAUGUAUUGUAACAACUUAUCAGAUAACUUGCUUCCAAAAGUAGAGCCGGCAGAGUACGUGAGCAUUGUGUGGUUAAUCUGUGCGUUGUGAACACGUGGGUGGACAGAGGUGGCGACAGUCUUGUAUGUACAGUAGCCUCGCGUCUUAUUUUCUAUUGUUAUGUUGCGGCUGUUUGCGUUGUUCACCUGGACAUCUUAGUAAAAUCGUGUUGUCUUUGUUUUAUAGUUGUUUUUAUGUGGAACGGUCCCACAGUAAACCCCAUCACAUAUUUGCAUAACUCCAUCGUGACUAGCUUUUUGUAAAUGUUUUUCCAAGACUGGAAGUCAAGAAUAUACUAUAAUAUGAAUAAUGAUGCUGAUGACGACAAUGAUAAUGGUCAUUAUAAUAAAAUUUCUACUGGAACGGCAACAA